UUCUUUUGUUUAGAGACUAUUGGAAAGUAUUUGACUGGAACGUCAGCGUUUUAGAACGGGAAGUGUUCGGAUAGUAAUUAUGAAGGAGCUGAUUAUUUCAAUCAUUACUUUUCAAAUAAUUUUCUUUAUUGCAGAAGCCGAUAGCCAGAAGUUAAACAGCCUACCGAGGCAUUAUGAAGAAAAACUACUAAGGAAAAUUAAGCUUAGUGCAAGUCCGGAGGAAACAACUAUUAUUGAAAAAUUCAACAACUUGAAGGACUUUUAUCCGAAUGGUGGGAGAAAUCACGUCCUACUGAAACGUAACGCAGUCCAAGCUAUGAUGGAUGCAGAUGGUGCUGGGUCGGUGACCCGUCGUCGUAAAACAAAAAGACGACGACGACAACCUCCAGAUGGACUGUUGAGGGCAAAAGAACUUCAGGCAAACUAUAUCAAAACAGACAGUAUGAGGGCAGACAGAUUACAAGCUGACAUGAUAAAGGCUGAUAUGAUAAAAGCUCAAGAUAUCGUGGUGACUGCAAAGAAGCCUAGACGAAAACCAAGAUGGAGACCAAGUUUUGGAGAAUUUAACUCAGUCGAUCCAGUUAUUGGAAUACAGCGAAUCAACUCUCUAACAGAUCAUCCUAAUUUCGAUCAAAAUUUGACUGACCUUUUUAACAAAAAUGAGUUUAAUCAGUUCGAACGUUUAUCGACUGAGCCAAAGGCAAUGUCCCAGAAACCUUCGCUAUUCGAUUCACUAUUUUCUCAACAACAAAAUAUCGCCGAUAAUUCACAAUUUUCUCAACAACAAAGUAUCGCCGAUGAUUCACAACUAUUUCAACAACAAAGUAUCGCCGAUAAUUCACAAUUAUUUAAACAACAGAAUAUCGCCGAUUUUUCUCCGGACCAGAGGACUAAAAUUAAAAAUAAACGCAGACUUAGCCAAUUUAAUACGCCGUCUUCCUUUCAGCAGACAGAAGUAUUACCCGAAUUUAGCUCUUCACAUAUUUUGAAUAAAAUUCCUAAAUUAAGCGAAUUCAUAGCUGACGGUACUCCGUUUGUACAGACACAAAAUAAUCCAAAUUUUAAACAACAGGACACGUUUUUAAGAGGAGCACCGCCGCCGCUUUCUUCAUCUGCCUUUGAUGAAUAUACCCACAUUGAUGCCCAAAAUAUCGGAAAAGGAGAAAAUACUGACCAGACACUUGACAGUACAGUCAAAACAUAUAUGAAAGAAUCUAAAGGAACAGGUCCAUGGUAUUUUUAAUUUGACUGGUUACUGACUGAACACUUUUGCAUUAUGUUUGGAUAAACUUACCAGCAUUCAACAGUUUUUAUUUGUCGCAAACUAUAGUUCUGUGAGACAUGAAUAUAGGUUUCCGGAAAUUAAUUUGACUUUUGCGAAUAUUCCAGAUACACCGUGACCCAUUACAAGAGUUCUGUUAACUUAAAUGUAUUGUUAGCUGCUAAAGUCAAAUUAACAACAUUAACUAACGUCUUUUUCAAUAGACAAUGUAUGUGAUGCAUCUAAAUUAUAUUAACAAUAAUGAGAGGUCUCGGUGAAAAAAGAGGUCUGGGUGAUUUUUUGUUGUUGAGAAAUCAGCAUUUGUAAAAAAUAGAAUAUUUAUCGAUAAAAUUGUCACUUGAUUUUUCAUAUGAAAUGCAUCAGGAGAAAUUGAUGUUUAACUGCAUGAAAAAUAUACCAGAAAUAUCAAGAUCUUCAGAAUAA